CGGCCCCUCGGUAGGGGCAGCAGCUCCUCCGCACGGGCUCCGCCGCCGCCGCCCCUUGGCUGCCUCCAGCGCCGCCCCGCUCCGCUCCGCGCCGCCCCGCCGGAGCGCCGGGGGGAGCCGCGCAGCUCCCCGCGCCCGCGGAGCCGCCUCCCGCCGCUGCCGGGGACGGAGAGAGCCGGGGGCUGCCGCCGGUGCUUGGGUGCCGCCGCUGGGUUCUUCCUCCCCGGGGAUGAAGACUCCGGUGGGAAGCCCCGCGGAGUGGGUGGCCCCCGGGGAUCCGCGCCCGCGGUAGUAACGCGGCUCCCAGCGCCGGGACCGGGGGACGGUAUGGAGAGGAUGCUCAACGUCAGUUGUUUCGCCGCUGCGAUGCACGAUGCUGGCAACCGGAGCGGGUCGCCCGCCGGUGCGGAUGGCGGCAGGACGCAGCUCUCCGUCUUCAGCGUGUUGGUCCUCACCCUCCUGGCCAUGCUGGUGGUGGCCACUUUCCUCUGGAAUGGGUUGGUGCUGGCCACCAUCCUGCGGGUGCGCACUUUUCACCGGGUGCCCCACAACCUGGUGGCCUCCAUGGCCAUCUCCGACGUGAUGGUGGCGGCCCUCGUCAUGCCCCUGAGCCUGGUGCACGAGUUGUCCGGGCGGCGGUGGCGGCUGGGCCGCUCCUUGUGUCAGGUGUGGAUCUCCUUUGACGUCCUGUGCUGCACUGCCAGCAUCUGGAACGUCACGGCCAUCGCCCUGGACCGCUACUGGUCCAUCACUCGCCACCUGGAGUACACGCUGCGCACCCGGCGCCGCAUCUCCAACAUUAUGAUUGCCCUCACCUGGUUACUCUCCGCCUUCAUCUCCUUGGCCCCGCUGCUCUUCGGAUGGGGAGAGACUUACUCAGAGGACAGCGAGGAGUGCCAGGUCAGCCAGGAGCCUUCCUACACCAUCUUCUCCACAUUUGGCGCCUUCUACCUGCCCCUGUGCGUGGUGCUGUUUGUGUACUGGAAGAUCUACAAGGCAGCCAAGUUUCGCAUCGGGUCUAGGAAGAACAACUCCAUCACCCCCGUUACACCUGGAGCCCUGGAGGUGAAAGAAGCCGCCCAGCAGCCACAGAUGGUCUUCACCGUCCGGCAUGCCACUGUUACGUUCCAGACGGACGGAGACACAUGGAGAGAGCAGAAGGAAAGGAAAGCUGCCCUCAUGGUGGGCAUCCUUAUCGGGGUCUUCGUGCUCUGCUGGAUCCCCUUCUUCAUCACGGAGCUCAUCAACCCGCUCUGCUCCUGCGACAUCCCUCCCAUUUGGAAGAGUAUUUUUCUAUGGCUAGGCUAUUCAAAUUCCUUUUUUAAUCCGCUCAUCUACACUGCUUUCAACAAAAACUACAACAAUGCCUUCAGGAACCUGUUCUUUAGACAGCACUGACCGAGAGAAAGCUUUCCUGCUGCCCCAGGGGGCUGUUCUCAGCUCUCAGUGAAACCAACCAAACUUGAGGGAGUUGAAAGCCACCAAUACUGAGGUGAUGCUAAAGACGCAUCCCCACGGGUCGUACGCCCCUGUUCCUACGCAGACUCUAUCCCAGCUUCUAAAGCAGUUGCUAUUUUUCUUGAAACAGCAUGUGAGGGUUUCUCUGGCCAGCAGCAAAGCAUUCUUCCUCCAGUGCCCCACUGCUCCUCUGCCUUUGCAGUGAUGUUUUUGGGACUGUGUGGUGGCAGCGACAGUGCACAGCAGCCUUCUGCCAAAAGGUCACAUCUGAAACUCUGGUUUCAGCUCCUGCCUGGUCUCUCAGAGCAUUAAUCAGCUUUGUCCCAUGUGCAUAGCUGGGACUGCUUAAUGUCAGGAGGUUCUGGGAUUAUGUGUGAAGCUCGAUGUUUAUGGCUCGGUCGAACAGACUGUCUUGUCUUUCACUGGUGGAGAUUGUUAAGUGUCUGCAUUUGAAGAAUAAAGGUCCUCAGUAAGGGUUAAAA